AUGAAGCCCCCAUGGACCCUGCUCUUUCUCAGCUCGCUGCUCUGCACCCCUUCGGUUCAAGCUAUAUCCAAGCCUAAUUUCAUCCUAAUGAUGGUGGAUGAUCUGGGAAUAGGAGACCUUGGAUGCUAUGGAAACACGACUCUAAAGACCCCUCACAUUGACAGACUGACUGAAGAUGGACUGAAGCUGACCCAACACAUUGCUGCAUCUCCUUUAUGUACACCCAGCCGAGCCGCUUUCCUCACCGGCAGAUACCCCAUACGAUCAGGAAUGGCGAGUUAUGGCCAAAUUGGGGUAUAUAUUCUGGCAGCUGCGUCUGGAGGUCUUCCCGCGAAGGAGCUUACGUUCGCCAAAAUCCUGGAGGAACAGGGAUACGCCACAGCUCUUAUUGGAAAGUGGCACCUGGGUCUGAACUGCGAACACAGUAGCGAUCACUGCCACCAUCCCAGCUCUCACGGCUUCCAGCACUUCUACGGCAUCACCACGACAAACCUGCGCGACUGCCAGCCGGGCCACGGAUCCGUCUUCCACAACGUCCGUGCCCACAUUCCUUACAGAGCGCUGGGCACCGGCCUCCUCACCCUGCUCCUGCUGCAUGCUAAAGGAGUGGUGACCGUGUCCCGCAGGCUGGCUUUGUGCCUGGGGGGGACGAUACUCACAGCGAUGGGUUUGUUUUUCUUGUUCGUGCUCACGUUUCCCUACUUCAACUGCUUCUUGAUGAGAGGACACGAGGUGGUGGAGCAGCCGUACGUGUCCGAGAAUCUCACGCAGAGGAUGACCUCGGAGGCCGUCGAGUUCCUGGAAAGGAACUCAGCCAGACCGUUCCUGCUCUUCUUCCCCUUCCUACAAGUCCACACAGCUCUGUUUGCGUCUCCCAUGUUUCGUGGAAAAAGCCGACACGGCCUGUAUGGUGACGCCGUCAUGGAGGUGGACUGGAGUGUAGGUCAGAUAAUGAAGACUCUGGAGCGGCUAAAACUGACAGAGAAAACACUGGUGUAUCUGACCUCGGAUCAGGGGCCGCACUUAGAGGAGAUCUCCAUCCAUGGGGAGGUGCACAGAGGUUACAGCGGCAUCUAUAAAGCUGGAAAAUCGACCAAUUGGGAAGGAGGAAUCCGUGUGCCAGGCAUUUUCCACUGGCCGGACACACUACCCAAAGGAAAGGUUAUCGACAAGCUCACCAGUAACAUGGACGUCUUCCCUACUGUGGUGAAAUUAGCAGAGGCUGACAUACCCAAUGACAGGGAGAUAGAUGGGCACGACCUCAUGCCCUUGCUGCAAGGUCGGGUGCAGCAUUCAGAACACGAGUUCAUGUUCCAUUACUGCAAUGCCCAUCUGAACGCUGUGAGGUGGCACCCUGCUAACAGUACCUCAAUAUGGAAAAUCUUUCUCUUCACUCCUAACUUCUACCCUGAAAACACCACAGUCUGCUCUCAUACUCACAUAUGCUUCUGUACCGAGGCCCACGUGACUCGUCAUGACCCGCCACUGCUUUUCGACCUGUCCAGGGACCCAUCAGAAACCACGCCGCUCACCCCCUCUACAGAGCCUGAUUACAGCUCGGUAAUAGAGGUCAUGAUGGAGGCGGCAAGGAAGCACACGAAGGGCGUCGAAGCCACGGAAGACCAGCUCUCAGCCGCAAACCUGCUCUGGAAACCCUGGCUCCAGCCAUGCUGCUCCUCCAUCAGCCGGCUGUGCUCAUGCCAGCGAGACCAGCGGACAGGGAUUGUGGGAAUUAAAGAUGGGGAGUAAACGGGAGGCAAAAGGCGUAUUAUUAUUGCUGGUAUUAUUAUCCUAAUGGACAGUGCAAAUGUGAAUAAACAACAAACCCAGUGUCUACAGUGUUGCUGGUACUCCUGCACCAUCUUUUAAGCACCAUGGAUCAAUAAACCAACAAAUAGGAAUUAAAGACCAACAGAAUAUCAAAGUG